AGUACAAAUAUCAGUACGCUCAGAUAACGGGACGAGGAUUUUUAAAAGAUCAUCUGGAUAUUUGAAGAAAAAGAAAGAACGGAGGCUUAAUAGAUUAAUAUAGAGAUUGUAGAGAACUUUGGUCAUUUUUUUUCUACUAUCAACUUAUAAAUUUCAAAUUGGUACAUAACUAGAUGUCAGUACUGUAGAUAAUUGACAUUAUUCAUCUAUUGUGCAUGGAUUAUUUGAGAAGUUAUUUCAGGUUAAUUGGAUAGUUUAUUUGUGAUUAUUAUUCAGUUGAUUAAAUACGAAAGGAACAUAUACAAUAUAUUAAUAUGUCAGGAGAUAUUACACAAUUUAAAAUUGACACACUGCAAGAUAUUUGUUUGAUUUUUAUCAAAAAAUACUGGAAACUGAUUUAUAGAGAAUAUUUACAGUCGUGCGAUUUUUUUCAUUUUCCUAUUACAAUAUCAGAGUACUUAUUAAAUAUUUUGGAUGAUGAGGAGAUUGGUAUUACGGAUGAAACUUUAAAGGUAUUUAAACCAAAUCGUACAUCUCUCAAUUUCAUCAAAAUGCACGGCAAUAGAAUUCAAGAAAAAUCUUCCAUACUUAAUUUAGUAGGUCAUAAUAUUACUUCGAUCCAAAUAGAAUACUUUAGACAUUUUCCUGCUAAAGAAUGGCUUAUUGGAUUUAAAUGUGAAAAUAUCACUCAUUUAGAAGGAACAAUAUGGCCAAAUAUGAUUUAUUUAAAUAUUAGUGGCAAUUGGACUUGUCACGAAGUGAUUCUUAAGAAUUUCAUUCAAAGACAUCCAAAGUUAAAAUUUUUAGGAUUAACUCUAACCAACUGCGAAGAUAAAAUGGCGCAAUUCAGCAAUAUCAAUAUAACGGGAAGGCAGUGUUUAAAGAAUAUUUUGAAUUGCUUAAAAAACAAUUCAUUGAAUGUAACGGCAAUUACUACAUCUUUAAAAAGCCUCUGUACUACUAUUCUUAGAAUUGAUGAUGAUGAAUCGAAUAAUUCAAUAUAUAUUGAUAUUUUACAGACAAUAUGUGAUAUAUUAGAAAAUUGGAAAUUCUAUCACAAUUAUAAGAAAACUGAAUCUUAUCACCUAAUUGUACAUAGCCUAUCAAGUAUCGAUGCUAUUAGUUGUUAUAAAAAACCAAUAACGAAAUUGCCAAUUAGCUAUCGAAUAGUAAAGCUAUGUUUCAAAAUUCUUGAAAGUUUUAAGACUCAUUCUCAAAUUGUUAAUCUAUGUUUGGGAGCAAUCUAUAGGAAUUACAGAGGAUUAGGAGCGGUUCAAAAUGAUUUUCAUUCAUUAUCUAUAAUACUUGAAUUGGGUUCCCAAAUAAAUGAUGAUUCGGUUCUUAGGCAACUUUACGUUGCUUGUAUGACUUUUUUCUCGAAAAUACGAAUCCAUACCACAAUUAAUCCUCAGGAUAAAAAUGAUGUUCUUGCACCAAUUGAAGGACGAUUGUUUACAUUACUGUUCCUCUUCCUUAUGACUCAGAAUACAAAACAAAUAGUAAUGCAAGAUCGAGAUAUUAUCUCUCUUGUUUUAGAGAGAAUUGAAAAGCAUGAAUUUCCAGUUUCACAAACUGCUGCAGCUAAUCUAGCUCAUAUUCUUAUUAUUGAAUCUGAAUGUUCAUCAACAAUCUACUCUAAAGAAGAUGUUAAGAUCUUGCAAACUGCUCUGCUGGACAAGGUAAAUAUGUGGGGAGAUGAAAUUUAUCCAUCUUUUCAUAUUUACUCCUCUUUCAAUGGACUCAUACAUUUAAUUAAAUCGAAUAUAAUUGCUGUUAAAAAAUGGGCUUUAUGGACAUUAAGAAAUUUAUUGCUAAACAAUCGAAGGAAAUAUAGUACAUUAGCUAUUCGGGACGGUGUUCUGGAAGUCCUGGACGAAAUUAUUGUUCAUCCGGAUGAGCAUAAUUUAAAUAGAAUUGUAACAGAUAUUUUAAAUAUUCUUGUUAAAAAGCCUUAA